CACUAUCCAAUCAAAACACUUGAAAAAAAAAAAGAGACUAUAGAGAAUGGGAGAGCUAGUACUAUAGUAAUAUACUCCAGAAAAAAGGGAUAAUCAAACAAAAGGAGCCAUGAAAAUUAACAAUAUUCGUGUAGUAAAAUCUAUAUUUUCAAUUCCCAGGAAACAAGUUUGCCUUUCCAUUGUUUUCUUACUUGCCUUUCUGCAUUUCCAGGCUGGUUUACAGAGCUACGAAAAUGAGAAGAGAAUUAUGUUGGAGCUGAAGCAACUAUGGGGAUUUCAAUCAUGGAAUUCCAAUUCCUCAUACUGCAAUUGGGAUGCUGUAAGCUGCAUAAAUGGUUCUGUCACAGGCAUCCGUAUUGUAGGGGGGCAACUUACUAGAAUUCCACCAAUUAUAUGUAGACUGAAAAGCCUACAAUGGAUAAUCCUGAAGGGCAACAACAUCAUAGGAGAAUUUCCUACCUAUUUGUACAAUUGCUCAAAGCUGGAAUAUCUUGAUCUUUCUUCGAAUCAAUUCGAUGGACCACUGCCUAGCGACCUUCAUCGCUUGUCGGGGCUUAUCCAUUUAGAUAUUUCUGAAAACAGCUUCAGUGAGAUCCCAGGAGCCAUAGGUCAGCUUUCUGAAUUGCAAUAUCUUUCUCUUAGGUUUAAUCUUUUCAACAAUUCGAUCCCCCGAGAAAUUGGAAAUUUAACAAAGCUUGAGACUUUGGAUAUAUCCUAUAUUGAGAGGUUUAAGCAAGCAACAAUUCCAGAGGAAUUAGGAAGACUGAAGAAGUUGAAACACCUCAUGAUUGUACGGUCAAAUUUGAUAGGGGAGAUUCCGGAUACAUUUUCCGCUCUUUCAGGUCUCCAAACCUUGGAUCUCUCAGCGAAUUUAUUAAAUGGGUCGAUCCCAAGCUACUUAUUUCAUUGGAAGAAUUUAACCUCUCUUCAGUUGGAGGGUAACCAAUUUUCAGGUAGGUUACCGAUGUUGGCUGCAAAUGUACAAUUGAUGGGGAAAACUCAGCAAACGUUUUCUAGUCUUUCAGGUCUCGAAGUCAUUGAUCUCUCGUAUAAUCACCUAAAUGGUUCAAUUCCAAGCUACUUGUUUCUUUUCAAAAAGCUAAAUACUCUGUAUCUGCAUGAUAAUAAAUUUUCUGGGAGUUUACCUAGGAUAGCUGGAAAUUUGAGAUUAAGAACAUUAGAUCUUUCGUCGAAUCAGCUUUCUGGAUAUAUUCCACAAGAAUAUGACAAUAAAGAUUACCUCUUUAGUAAUAAUCUCAAUCUCUGUACCGAAUAUACCAAUUAUUACAAUCAAGUUCGACUAUGUAGUGGAAAAAGAAGAGUUAUUCUUCCCAUUGUGGUCCCUGUUGCACUUUUAGUCAUUGUAACAUUGUUAUACUACAGAGUUAAAAAGAACUGGAAAUUCUCCAUAGACCAAUUCAUGUGGAGGAAGAAAAGGCAUGAGAACCAAGAUCCUGAGUGGAUGUUCAUUUCUUUCCAACGAUUAGAAUUCACAGAAUCCGAAAUUCUGGUGAAUAUGACCGAAGAAAACUUGAUUGGAAGUGGAGGAUCAGGGAAGGUCUAUAGAGUUGGUGUUAAUCCUAAUGGGAACUUUCUGGCAGUUAAGAGAAUAUGGAACAAGAGAAAUUUAGACCACAGGCUUGAGCAACAGUUCCUUGCAGAAGUAGAAGUACUGGGUAGCAUUCGACAUUCCAAUAUUGUGAAGUUGUUAUGCUGCAUUUCUAGUGGAAACUCAAAGGUUUUGGUUUACGAGUACAUGGAAAAUCAAAGCUUAGACAAGUGGCUGCAUAACAAGAGAAGAAGUGAAAAAGCUAUUACUGCUUCAGCACAUUGUGUCUUGGAAUGGCGUACUAGACUGCAAAUUGCAGUUGGAGCUGCCCGAGGUCUAUGCUACAUGCAUCACGAGUGCACCCCACCGAUCAUUCACCGUGACAUUAAGUGCAGUAAUAUCCUUUUAGACCAUGAACUGAAUGCCAAAAUUGCAGAUUUUGGACUGGCUAAGGUUUCAGCUAAGUGGGGAGAGAUGGAGACCGCUUCUGCUAUCGCUGGCACGUUUGGUUACCUUGCUCCAGAAUAUGCAUACACAUCGAAAGUGAGUGUCAAGAGUGAUGUGUACAGUUUUGGUGUGGUGUUAUUGGAGCUGGUUACCGGUAGAGAACCAAUUAAUAGAGACGAGCAUAUAAACCUUGCACAAUGGGCAUGGAAACACCAUGAAGAAGGCAAUCCAAUCAUUAAUGCUAUUGAUGAAGAAAUCAAGGAAGCAUGUUUUUUGAAAGAAAUGAGUUCCAUGUUCAAGUUGGGACUUAUAUGCACUAGUUCUCUGCCUUCUGCUAGGCCUUCCAUGAAGGAAGUUUUGCAAAUUCUAUUACUCAGCGUUACUUGUUAGUUCUUCCUAGCAAUUGGCUGUGAAUCCAAGAUUAUCACUGCUUUUCCAAUCUUUAUUUGUACUGGGAAAUAAAUGUCCAAAUUCUUAGCUGUCCUGUGAACUGAGUAGGUCCUCAUUGUAUCUUCUUUGCCAAUGAAGUGAUAAUUCAACUCUUUUACUUUU